AAUAUUACCAACAUAACCUUGAAAUUAGUGGACUACAUGUUAUAAAAUAACAAAUUAUUUAUAAUUUUUUAAUUAUUUGACUAGUAUAUGUGUUUUAAUCUAAAGUUUUAUUGAAGCCAAAGAUAUUUAAUAAUAUUGUUGUUGGCGAAAUGGGUGAAGCAGAACUUUUAAAGUCCUUUCUCACAAUUCAUCAGCCACAACUUGAAUUCUCAGGAGUACCAAAGUAUUUCUGGCCAACUGUACACGAGAAAUUAAUAAAUCAAAUAUUUGAUGCAGGAGAUGCAUUUCAAUUGGCUAGAAUUAGUUAUGAAGAUGAUAAACACGUUCCUACUGAUCCUUUUUGGAAACUAUUUAUUACAUUGGAAGAAGGAAUUUUAUUUGAAAAACCCAACAAUAUUUAUUUGAUUGAUCACGCUUGGACUUAUCGAUUUCCCGAUGCAAAGAAUGAUCUUGUUGAGAAUCCUGGACUUUUGGAACGCAUGUACAAUUUCAUGAAACCCGAAUGGUCAGAGGCGGAGAAUGAUAAUGAAAAAAUUGAAUACGUUCUUAAAGAAAUGUGGAGAUACAAUAGUUUUUUUGCUUUUCGAACAAAUUCUAAUAAAAUCGAAGAAGCAAUGCCUUUUUGGUGUAUUAUGGAUGAAGUCGGUUCCUCAAUAAAUCACAGUGACGAACCAAAUUUCCGAAUUGUUCCAUUUUAUUACGCACCAGAGAAUAUGAAUUACUCGCUCUUAUUUCCUAUUAAAAAUGUCAAAACAGGCGAUGAAGUUACAAGAAAUUUUAUCGAGGGACAAACAAAUGAUUUGGAUAAAAGUAGAGCACUUCUUCUACCAUGGAGAGAUGAUAGCUUUCUAGAGGAAAAUUUCGAACAAACGGAACCUGACGAAAAUUACUUUAUGAAUUCACGUGUUGCCGAAACAUUGCCGGAGAAAAUUCGCGAAGUCAGUCCUCGUGAUAAGCUGAAGGUUUAUUCACAGUAUUCGAUUGUUCGUGAGUUUUUAACGGAUUCAGCGUUUGAAAUUGUUGAUUCAGAGGAUGAAGCUGAUGUUCUUUGGUUAUUAAGUCACAUAAAAAAUUACAAAGAACUUAGCUUAGAGAAGCCAAAUGUUUUUGUGAAUCAAUUCCCAUGCGAAUUUAUUUUGACGAUUAAGGAUCUACUGUCCAUAGUUUGUAGGAGAAAAGCCGAUGGAAAAUACGAUCCAGAAACAUUGGCGACAUUUCCAAAGUGGUUGCCAACGACUUAUAAUCUAAGCACUGAAUUAGUUAAGUUCGUGGCAUAUUUCCAAAAUAGAGAAGCGAAACAAUUGGAAAAUCAUUGGAUUUGCAAACCUUGGAAUUUAGCUAGAGGAUUGGAUACUUAUGUAACUAAGGACCUGUUUCACAUUUUGAGAUUGCCAGCCACUGGACCGAAAAUAGCACAAAAAUAUAUAACCAAUCCAGUACUUUUUGAACGUCCAGAAAUAGGAAAAGUUAAAUUCGAUAUCAGAUACGUUGUUUUAUUGAAAUCCGUCAAUCCACUGGAGUGUUUUGCAUAUUCUAAUUUCUUUCUACGAUUCGCCAAUAAAUCAUUUGCUCUGAAUAACUUCCAAGAUUACGAGCAGCACUUUACUGUUAUGAAUUAUUCAACAACAACACCUCUAUGUCACAUUAAAUGCGCCGAUUUUAUUACAAUGUGGGAAAAACAAUAUCCUAAUCAUCCAUGGCCAAAAAUAGUUGAACCAAUGAUUCUCAAUGUGUUAAGAGAAGCUUUUGAAGCUGCAACAUUAGCGGAACCACCGAAGGGAAUUGCAGAAAGCUCCCAAAGUCGUGCUGUUUACGCAGUAGAUAUGAUGUUGGAAUGGAGGGAGAAUGAAAUGCAACCGGUUUUAUUAGAAUUCAAUUUUUCUCCAGAUUGCCAAAGAGCUUGUGAGUAUUAUCCUAAUUUUUAUAAUGACAUUUUUCGCUGUUUGUAUUUAAAUGACUGUAACAAGAAUGUUUUCUAUGAAUUGUAAAAGUUUCAUAUAAUAUAAAUGUUAAAUAGAUUUUUAUGGAAGAAAGUGUAAUUUCUUUUAUGCUUAUCCUUUUCAUGGCAGUAUUGGGAACCGC